AAAAAAACAUAUGUAUCCUUCCACCUUCUCGCCUACCUCCCUGUUCUCCAUCACUGGUAGAUACAUAAAAAAAAAAAAAAAAAUCACCCUCUCGCUAACCUCCCUGCUCUCCAUCACUGAUAUGUACAUAAAACAAAUCCUUCCACCUUCUCGUUAACCUCACUGCUGUCCAUCACUGGUAGAUACAUAAAAAAAAAAAAAAAAAAAUCACCUUCUCGCUAACCUUCCUGCUCUCCAUCAAAAAAAAAAACAUAUGUAUCAAAAAAAAACAUAUGUAUCCUUCCACCUUCUCGCCUACCUCCCUGCUCUCCAUCACUGGUAGAUACAUAAAAAAAAAAAAAAAAAAUCACCUUCUCGCUAACCUUCCUGCUCUCCAUCACUGAUAGAUACAUAAAAAAAAAAAAAUCCUUCCGCCUUCUCGCUAACCUCCCAGCUCUCCAUCACUGUUAGAUACAUUUAAAACAAAAAAUCCUCUGCUCUCCAUCAAUCCAGGUUCCCCCUCUCCCAACGUGACCUGGUGGAGAGACGAGAAGAUCGUGAGCGGCCAGUGGGAGGCUGCGGGUCCCGGCGUCGUCCAGAACCAGCUGGAGAUCAGGAGACUGUCACGUGACUACCACAACACCAGCCUCACCUGCAUCGCUGCCAACACCCACCUGGCGAGUCCGGUGUCGGUGUCUGUGAUGCUUCAGAUGUUCCUGUUGCCAACCAGCGUCGUGAUCACCAACCCUGGUCCAGUUCGAGAAGGUCAGCAGGUGCGCCUCGUUUGCACGUCUGAGGGCUCUCUCCCCUCUGCGUCCCUCACCUGGACGAUAAGGGGAGUCACUAAGCCGGCAGAGAAAGAGAAUUUGAUAUACGGGACCGUGACAAGUUCGACUCUUGUUGCCAACGUCACUCGACAAGAUGAGGGUAGCCUGGUCACCUGCAGUGCCGCCAACCCUUCGGUGCCAGGGAGCAAGCUUGCCAACUCCACGCAGCUCCAUGUUCAUUACCCCCCCACUGUAGAAGCCUCCCUCGGGCGUUCCCUCAACCCGGAACUACUGAAGGAGGGGGACGACGUCUACUUCACGUGCACCGUAGACGCCAACCCCCCCGCCUCCACCAUCACCUGGUAUCAUGAGGACACGGUGCAGGUGCAGAACGUGUCGAUGGGCGUGAUCCUGUCCGGGGAGUCCCUGGUGCUGCAGAAGGUGAGCCGGCAGAGGGCGGGCCAAUACAGGUGCUCCGCGACCAACCCGCUCGCCACUGUGGUCAGCCAGCCCGUCCACCUCCAGAUCAAGUACAAACCCGAGUGUCAGACUUCCCCAACAACCUACUUCAUCUACGACAAGCCUAUCAACGUGACAUGCUCGGUGACGUCAUUUCCUCCCGUGAGAGCGAUCCAAUGGCAGUGGAACAGUAGCAAUGACGUCAUCAGCACCGAGCCAAUCACCGAGGAGGAGGAGCGCGUGUCGGCCCAGCUGACGGUGGAGCCAAUAAAAAGCCGCGAGGACCGAACGCUCACGUGCUGGGCGGUGAAUGAGAUGGGGAAGCAAUCAAGGCCCUGUGGAUUCGCCGUAAAAGUCGCCCAGAUGCCCCUCCCGCUGUCGUCAUGUCGCCUGGCUAACAUCACGGCCUCGUCUCUCAGCCUCACCUGCCAGCGACCCAACGUGGCUACAGCUGGCACCACCUUGUACCGGGCCGAGGUGUACUUCGACAACCGCACCCUCUUCGCCAACGUGACCUCAAACCGUCCCAACUUCAACGUGAGUCGCCUCGACGCCGGCACGAGCUACCAGAUCAAGGUGUACGUGAGUCACGGCCCCGUCACGUCGCAGCCGGUCGUCGUCUCGGCCUACACGUCGCGCAGCUCCAGGACCGCGUCAGGUUCCCGUGAGAGCAGCAGCUCCAUAGGGGAGGUGGUGGGCGGCCUGGCAGUGGCGCUCCUUCUGCUUGCGAGCGGGGUCUGGGCGAGGCAAUACUGCAGGAAGCAAAGUAGGGCGAAGAAGCACGAGCCUAGAGUACCGUCCGACGAGAGUAACCCCGAUGUUGUACCCACUACUGUCGAAGAAACAUUGGACCUCCUCGCUGCCGGAGCCGCCAAGUCUGAGAUGCCGAUCCUGACGCCUGUUUACGAAGCAAUGAGCGCCUCACUCCAGGAAGUUGUGCCAAAGCAAACACUGGCAUCCGCGGAGGUGUACAGUGGCAUGAGGACACAGCACAAAGAAUUGGAAGAAUACCAGGAGCUCCGAUUGCAACAUAGCGACGAAUACCCCGACGUGAGGUUGCAACACAAGGAAAGUGACGAACAGUACCACGCAGGGAGGUUGCAAGAACAGGAGAACGAGCAGCCACAGGGGGGGAAGAGCAAGCUUUAUUGUCCUGUGGAUCAACUCAUGCAAGCUGCAGAGACGGUGGUAUGAGGAGAAUCGUCAAAGACAAGAUUGUCACUCCUACAUCUACCGCCCCCAACCAUUCCAGCCCUCCCACCCCCGCCCCCCAUAAUCCCCCAUCCCAAAACUGAAAAUGGGUCUACCAGGUGUCUCUACUAUAUUGUAUUUGUUGGGAACCAAUAUUAAAUAUAUAUAUCUAUAUUUU